UAUAACAAUAGACACGAUUGUUUCCAACAAAAUGUUGUUUACUUGUUCUAUAGUGGCGCUGUUUCUUACAGCCAUUUCCGUCACCAACGGAUCAGACGACAAGCGUAUACUCCUCAGUGAUCCACAGUAUAUCCAACAGGAACUGACGAGAUUCCAGGCCGAAUUACAGGAGAUACAGGUCAAGUACAACACACAGAACACCAAACUAACUAAUCUACAGGUAAAGUACAGCAGCCAGAAUACCGAACUCAACAAUCUACAAACAAAGUACAGCAGCCAGAAUACCCAACUUGCGGACCUACAGACCAAGAACAGCAUCCAGAAUACCCAACUUGCGGACCUACAGACCAAAGACAGCAGCCAGAAUACACAACUUGUAGACCUACAGACCAAGUACAACAGCCUGAAUACCGAGCUCGCAAAUCUGCAGACCAAGUUCAACAGCCAAAACACGGAACUCAAAAAUCUACAGAGUGACAAAGGGGCUGUUGUUACAAGGUGGGGAAGACGAGACUGUCCUGCCAAUAUAACAACAAAAGUUUACUCUGGUUAUGCUGGUGGAUCGAUGUUUACCUCUACUGGAGCCGCAGCGGAAUACGUGUGUAUGCCUAACGACCCUAUCUGGGGACCUCACAAGGAUCUGGUGAACGGCGAUGGUGUUGGCUUUAUCUACGGGGCAGAGUACGAGGAACCAGGGGCCCUGUUUGGUAUGCCGGGUUAUGUAGAGGAUGUACCGUGCGCCGUCUGUCUUGGUACACAACACACCGCCUAUCUUAUGAUUCCGGGUAGGACACAAUGCUAUCCAGGAUGGACAGAAGUAUAUCAGGGCUACCUAGCGUCUGGUCACCAUGGUCACGCGGCAGCGUCACAGUACGUCUGUGUUGAUGGGGACGCUCAGGCAGUUCCCGGGGGUGGUACCCAUAAUGAAGACGGUAAACUGUUCUAUGGUGUCAAAACUAAGUGUGGAUCACUGCCCUGUCCACCGUAUGAAGACGGAAAAUUUCUUUCGUGUAUUGUCUGUAUGAAGUGAGCAUGCUCUGUAUACUUUUCAAGAAAAUACAAAUAAAUUUGA